UUUGCGGGGUAGUGAGCACAGUUGCGAGUUGAUACUGCGCUGAGAUGCCCGUGCCCGAUAGAACCGGAUUGAAGAUCGUUGACAUCGAUGUCAAAGACGUAAGGUUUCCUACGUCGCUUGGAGGACACGGAUCUGAUGCUUUGCACACCGAUCCAAAUUACUCGUGUGCUUACGUCACAAUUACAACAGAGAAGGGAAGCAAGGGCUAUGGGUUAACGUUCACCUGUGGACGGGGCACCGAGGUGGUCGUCUACACUAUCAGGUCUCUAAAGAAGUUCAUCCUGGGCAAGAAUGCAGCGGAUAUAUUCGCUGACUUUGCUGGCUUUUGGCGCGCCAUUACAAAUGACUCACAAAUGAGAUGGAUUGGACCAGAGAAGGGUGUAAUUCACUUAGCGGUGGCAGCCAUUUUAAAUGCCCUAUGGGACCUUUGGGCUAGGUUAGAGAAUAAGCCUGUGUGGAGAUUGUUAAUAGACAUGGAACCAGAGGAGCUCGUGUCAACAAUCGAUUUCCGUUACAUAACCGAUGUUAUAACUAAAGAAGAAGCAAUACAAUUGCUUAAAGAUAAGAAGAGUGGCAAACAGGAAAGGGUCAAAUAUUUAGAGGAAAAUGGAUAUCCAGCGUACACUACACAAGUUGGUUGGCUGGGCUACAGCGAUGAAACGGUGAAAGAACUAUGCGAAAAAUAUAUGAAACUUGGCUUCACACAUUUCAAAGUUAAAGUCGGUGUGAACUUAGAAGAGGAUUACAGAAGAUGCAGUCAAGUCCGGACAUAUAUUGGCAAGGAUAAGUUCUUGAUGGUUGAUUCAAACCAAGCUUGGAGUGUUAACGAAGCUAUUGAAUGGAUGAAGAAACUAGCGCCAUUGCAAAUAUUAUGGAUCGAGGAACCAACUUCACCCGACGAUGUUUUGGGGCACGCAACAAUUUCUCAAGCGUUAAGGCCGUACGGUAUCGGUGUGGCAACGGGCGAGAUGUGCGCGAACCGCGUCAUGUUCAAGCAGUUCCUGCAGAGCGGGGGUAUGCAGUUCUGUCAGAUCGACUCCGCGCGCAUCGGCGGCAUUAAUGAAAUACUAGCCGUCUACUUGAUGGCUUACAAAUUCAAUGUGAAAGUGUGUCCGCACGCGGGCGGAGUGGGUCUGUGCGAGAUGGUACAGCACUUGCAGUACUGGGACUACGCGGCGCUGUCCGCUACUAUGGAAGGUCGCCUCAUUGAGUACGUCGACCAACAACACGAACACUUCUACGACCCUACUAACGUACAGAACGCAAGAUAUCUCGCACCUCAAUUACCUGGAUACAGUACGCAAUUCCUGCCAGAAACACUGAAGAAGUACACGUACCCCGCCGGCAGCGAAUGGCAGAGGAUGUUCAAAGAAGGCAUAUUCCCUCCACCUGAUGAAACUGAACUAGCAAAUGUUUGAAUAAACAUGCACUUUUUAUUAUCUAUUUUUGAGUGUUUAUUGAUACUGGAUUCAAACGUAAUAAUGUAAGUAAUAACGCAUUUUUAAUUUUACUGAAG